CACAUUUUGUGAUGUUUACCCUGAUGCCUGACAAGUUUAAGAGGUGUUUAGGUUUGACGUCUUUGACUGCAGCAGUUGGGUGGUGCUGUGUGGUAACAGGAGACGAGGUGGAGUUAUCGUAGGUGAAGUAUAACAAAUAGAUGGUUGCAUUCAGACAGGAGGCUGUACCCCACCCAGAGCGUUUGAGCUGCCAGUGUGGGCCUUUGUGGAUACCUCAGGUGGCCUGUGGCAUCUACUCAGGAGACCACUGCUCUGUUUCACCAGAACCAGUCAGAAAUUUACAUAAACUUAUCAUUGGCAUGAAUUUCAGGUUCUUUGACACUUUGGGAUUUCUUUGAAGCUUUUUCAUACAUGCUGGGAUGAAUGUACAAAACUCAACGAUUUUUAAAACCAGAAAAAUUGGUUGCCCAAAUUUGAAUUGAUUGCGCUGGUCUAAUUAAGCCAUGGUUAAAAUUAUACUCAAAGGUUUAAAUACAUACACUCAGUGUUUUUUCAUAAUAUUGAAUGUCUCUAACCAAAUUGCACCUUGAUGCUACCUAUGAUUUGUCCAAGUUUGAGCUAUCUGGACAAAGUCUUUUCUGUGCCAAAUAUCUUAAUGCUUGUCUCAUCAAAUCAUAAAACCUUUCUCCAAAAGGCAUCUGGUUUAUCCUUGUGGGGAAUUACACAUUCCAGACUAACUUGAAGGCAUCCAAUUUGAAGAAAGGACUGUUUUUCGAUUGACACCUUCUGAACUCAUGUUCAUUUUAAAGUAGCUUUCCUUUGAACUAUAAGAUUGUGGCUUUCUGUUCAGGACUCUCCAUCAUCCAUUGUGGAAUCCAGUAACAACGACAUGGUGAAAUCAACUUUGCUUGCUGAUCAGUGCCUGUAAAUGCUGUCCAUUUGAUUGUACCACUUCCAUUUUGUUUUUUGGUUUGAACCAUUCGUUGUGGUCCUUGUUGGUCCGGUGAUGGCGCUGCAGCUUUUUAAGCUUCUCAUGACUUUGUUUUUGAGAAGCCAUCAACAGAGUCCCUCUUGUGACACAACUAUUGUCUCUACCUAUGACUAAUAGUCUUCUGAUGUUGGGUUUUCAGCCUGACUCAACACGGUUCAAACCCCAGCAAAGUAGGUACAAAAAAGGGGGAACCAGGUGAUCAAAAACCUUUAUAAGUGAGUUGAGCCAUGUCAAGCUGCGCUUAGUAGGAGCUAGUGAAAAGAGUCGUUGGUAGAUCCUAAACAUAUUUCCUUUCCCUUGAGGAGGAGAGUUUGGGUAAGAUGAUUGAUACCUGAACAUAGUUGGGUGUGCAAUCUUUCCAGACACAUGAAAACUGGUUUUGAAAUGACGAAAGAAGGCUAAGCCAAAGCCCUGACUUGGACAAUAUUGAAAAUCUGUGGACUGUGCCAGAAAAAGAUGGCUAAAAUUCACUGAAACUACAAAAAGCUUGUGGUUUCUUCAAUUGUCUAAUCAUCCAAACAUUACACGUUAUGUAUAUUUUUCAGCUUUUAUAUAUAAUGAUGUCCUAUGUAGAUAAUCAUACUUUUGCGCUCAGUUCUGGCAUCUGCUGAAUUAUUAAGUGUCAAAGUCAAUAAAAAUCCCAAUUUGAGCAGAUGUCACUUACAGCUGCAACUUAAACUUAACGCUUUUUGACCAAUUUUACAGAAUAUGUCUACGAUCCCUGUUCAUUCAUGCUGAAUAGUGGUUGUAGAUGGAAACGAAACCGUUAGCUUCCUUCUUUUUAAUCUGUUGAGUUCGUGGUAGGUUAUACUUCCUCAUGCUCCCGGUUCGUGGUUCCUGGAUGCUUCUUUCUUUCUUUCUUUUUUGUCGCUGAAGCGCCGUCCCUCGCAGGCCUCCCUCCCGCCCCCCUCUCCUUCCUUCCUGCGCCGCGCUCUCGCCAAGCCUCCGCUGUUUAAAUGGGCCAAGUUGAGAAGCGGCGGAGAGUGCAAAUCUUGUUUGGUCUGGGUCUGUGAACUUCAGCGUGACUUAAGCAACACCCAGCAGUCUGAAUCUCAACAACUCUUUCUAAACUUUCAGAGGCAUUAAUGACGCGAAAAUUCUCAGUUUGAGUUUGGUUUCUGAUUAAUAACGUGUGGCAAUGUGGUUUAUUUAAUUUUUAUUUAUUUUUUAAUUUUUAUUUUUUAGAUCAGUUGUGUAACUGAGUACUGGUCAUGUAUAACUCCCUAUUCCCCUCGGAAGUAAUUUGGUCUGGCUUUAUUUAAAUUUCGCCUCAUUAUAAUCAUAAUAAAAAAUCUUUUAAUUUUACCCAAAUGUGAUAGGACGAGUCACUCCGAGCAGUGGUGAUCUAACCUAAUGUAAGUGGCUCAGGGCUUCCCAGCAUGACAGGUAUUAACAGAGCGAGCGAGAUUAAAUGUGGGAGGUAGGAGAGCUGCGACGCUGCCGCUGCGAGCUGGAAACUACUGAAUGGGAAUCUAUCCGGCAACUUCAACAGACCGCUCUCUCACGGCGACACGGGGGCUCCUCUGCGUAAAACCGAGCGGCGCGUCUUCCAGUCUGGCUCAGCCCCGCUUGCACGCCAGGAGGACGCUCAAGUUGGAUCGGGCGCGCAGUUUCUCACUCCUUCCCGGCGCUCGGCUCCCACUAACAUGCCUGCCAUCAAGAAGGAGCGGCUGGAUGGAGACGACAUGGCUCUGACCGCCUUCAACCAGUCCGAAUACCUGGCCCCUUUAAAUGCCACCGCCAUCCCCGUGGUGACCCCGCACCCGCCGCCCUACGAGCACAUUUUUGCCCAUCACCGCGCGUACUUGGGGCUCCACGACUCGGCGCUGCAUCACCAGCACCUCCACCACCACACGGACGACUUGAUGCUGGAGAGGUUCUCCUCCAUCCCGGACUUUCAGCCCUUCUUCGACAACGGGGAGCCGUGCAUCGAGGUGGAGUGCGGCGAGAACAAGGCUUUGCUUUAUAUCAACAAACUGUGUCAGGGCAGUAAGGGACCCUCGAUAAAAUACAGGGGCGAGUGGCUCACCCCCAACGAGUUCCAGUUUGUUAGUGGACGGGAGACUGCCAAAGACUGGAAGCGGAGCAUUAGACACAAAGGAAAAAGUCUCAAGACUCUCAUGUCCAAAGGAAUCUUACAGGUGCACCCUCCGAUUUGUGACUGUCCUGGCUGCCGGAUUUCAUCUCCAGUGAACCGCGGGCGCUUGGCAGAGAAACGCACCAUCCCUCUUCCACCCAACCGGGUGCCCAAGAAGGAACUGGCUUCAAUUUUCAGCAGUGACGACAGCGAAGGCAGCGAGCGGGCCAGCGGGGAUCAUGCCCACAUCAAGCAGGAGGAGGAUUUGCAUUACAGUAUCAUGAGAAAAAGUCGGGACGGUGACCUCUCUACAAUUAUCUCCAACCUGCACCACACCAGACAGCACGGUAUGCCCGAGGAGCAGUCAGCCUCUGACCACAGCACCAGUACUCGACACACAGACGACCUCCUGGGCAAAAGGAGAAGCUUCUCUCCCAACAGCAGCAGCGAUUGUCCCUCUGAUAGCAAGAAGUCACGCAGUGUCUCUCCAAAAGAAAACUCCCAGAGUCCCGUGGUGGAGGCAGGCGGCAGCCACGGCCACAUGAGCACCGUGGAGCAUUACAGGCGCAUGAUGUCAGCGCUCAGUGAGCAGGGAUCCUUCGAGGAGCAGCAGCAACGCCUCUACCAGCUGGCGAGCAGCAUGGGCCUUCCCGGCCACGACAUUCUGCGGGCUCGUCAGGAGGCGCUGGCUGCGGCAGUCAGGAAUCCGGCAGCCUUAGAGGCCCACCUGCCCUCAGCGGGCAGCUCUUCAUCAUCCAGCCAGAGACGUAAGCAGGGCCUGCCGCAGCACCGCGACGCGCAUUACACCGACAGAGAGCUGUCCCAUCCUCCGCCCCUCCUGUCCCCUCCAACUGCUCCUCACGUCACCUUAGGGCCUCACCUGCGGCCCCCCUUCCUGGGCAUGCCCUCCGCCCUCUGCCAGACUCCUGGUUAUGGGUUCCUGCAGCCGGCCCAAGCUGAGAUCCUGGCUCGACAACAGGAGCUUUUAAGGAAGCAGAAUCUGGCCAGACUCGAGAUGUCAGCAGAGCUGCUGAGACAGAAGGAGUUAGAGAACCUCCACCAGCACCAGCAGCAGCAGCAGCAGCGACUGCUCGGGUCAGACCCUCUGGGAGCCCUUCCUCCCGGCCUGCCCCCCGACCACCCGGCCCUGCGCAGUCUCCACGACAUCCCUGAGGGACACCCCCUACGCGAGGAGCUGCUCCGCCGUUCCAAUGCGAUGCUGGUGCUUCGCCACGGGGCCGCCACUCCCCUCCUCACUCUCAACCAGCAGCAGCAGCAACCGGGAGCGUCGUCCACGCCCAAGGACACGCAGGCGCAGAGCUCCAUUGUCGGGCCGGGUGCCGAAUCCAGAAAGGUCAAUCGCAGGGAAGCUCAGAAGGAGCUCCGCGCCGGGGAUCACAGAGGAGGAAGAGACGACGGGGGAAGGGAAGGAGACAUGGAGGUGCACGACGAGGAGAUGAAAGACUCAGACAGCGAGACGGAGAUGAGUGAAGAGAGGCGAGAGGGACUGGUUUCCAAGCCCGGCAGUAAACCCAGGGACAGAGAUAGGAGCAGGGGCAAGGAGGCUGGCAGCAAGGCGGGGUGUGAGAGCGCCAAGGAGACCGGAGGGCGCUCAGGGAGGCUGAGCGCCUCCAGCUCAGCAGAUACCGAGUCACCUAUUCGCAACCUUUUCACUCCUGGACUUGGCAAGGCUGAUCUCAAAUAUCACCUGCCACCGGGUUUCAUACCGCCAUUGCCUGCUCUUCACGCCCAGUCGCUGCCCUUUGGAUUUCCCUACGCCAGCCCUUACUUUCCUGCGGGCUCUUUGGGGGGUCUUUUCAUGGACGGGGAGGACUCAGCCACGUCAAACCCUGUGGAGGACGUCAGCAAGUGGAGCGUGGAGGAUGUGUGCGGCUUCAUAAGCAGCCUGGCUGGAUGUGCCGAAUACGCACAGGUGUUUCGGGAGCACGCCAUUGAUGGGGAGACACUGCCGCUGCUCACUGAGGAGCACCUGCUCAACACUCUGGGACUAAAGCUGGGGCCUGCGCUCAAGAUUCGCUCUCAGGUGGCGCGUCGUGUCGGCAGGCUCUUCUAUAUGACAGGAUUUCCUCUGGCGUUCCCGUUUCCACCUUCUGCCGUGCUGCGCCCCCCGGAUCGGGACCCCCCACCCGCGGCGUCUGAACCCCCGCUGCCCCUGUCAAUGCCACAUCGGCCCACCUCAACCAGCAGCAGCUCUUCUCCGUACAGCGGCCCUACGGCCGGAUGCUCGUCCCCCAAACAGGAAAACGGCACCGGCUCGGCAGUGGUGGGGCGGUACGAGGCUAAAACGCCCUCGUAGGAGCAGACGCGCAGAUGUGAGCAAACCAGACUCGCUGAAGUUUCAGACAUUUCAAAUCGACGGUGAAACAUUAGACUGGAAUAAAAGACUAGUGGACAGAGUCUGCAGUGGCUUGGAGACGAGCAGAACCCAAAGAAACUGGGCUGGAAGGGAGAAAUGCGAAGUGACAGAGGAGCGGAGGACGAGGGGGGAAAAGGGAGACAGCUGGUCGCAGAUGGGCUGCCAAGAAAAAGAAGCAGAGCCCUGCCACAGGACGCGACAUUCUUGCAAAUCAGACAGACACUAGCGGAAACUCUUCUCUCCUUCCUGGGCAGGAGGAAGCGCUCCUCACUCACUCUGUGUUUCUCCUGAAUCCAGGAAUUAAGAGCAAUGCGUCUCCCUUCUUCUUCCUUCCCUGAGGCCAAGCAGCAGCGUCACCCUGUGCUGAAAAAGCACCAGCUCCCUCUUAUAUCACUGCAACUAUGCAUUCCACUGUCCUGAUACCAAAGAUGACCGGACGUGUGGAACAUGAACUCACCAUGUGUCUGCUUCUUUUUGCAUUAAUGGCCCCACAGGGAAUUGCUGAGGUUGGGCCUCGUACAGCGGACUCUGAGGUAGACCCGUCAUUCACUGACGCUUAUCCCAAGCGGAGACGCCUCAUGCAGCUGCAUCUCAAUAAAUUCAAAUAUCAUUGAAAAGUUUUAUUUAUUUCAACAAUUUGAUUCAGAAACUGAAAAUCGUAUGAUUCAGUAGAUCAGUACUUAAAUAGUUUGUUGGUUUAGAUCAGCGAUGUCUAACUAAGUUUUAUUUGGGGUGACAUCAAGUUCAUGAAUGUAUGGAAAGAGCCAGUUGUGGCAAAAUAUAUUGACAAAACAACAUUAAAGUGUUAAAAUAUGAAUAAA